GCGCGGAAUGAAAAGCUCGGAGCGGGGAAAAAGCAGCACAGCGAAGCCCAAGUUGCCGAGCGAGCGGAGCGCUCUCGCGGCCCGGAGCCCAGCUGCAGCCGCGCCCGGCAGCCCGGCCCGGCCCCGCCUGCUCUGGGUCCCCGCCGGCGGAGGCCGCCGGGCGGGGGCGGGGACGGGGACAACCAACUUGGGUCGCGGCGCAGCCCGGCUCUCCCGAGAGCGCCGAGCCCGGGAGCACCACCGCCACGGCCAGACGGCGGGAGCGGAGCGAGGCGAGCAGAGGCGGCGAGCGGCUCCCGCGCCGCAGCCCAGGCCUUGGCGAGAGCGCGAAUAUUUUUCAAACGACUCAAACUUUCCUUCUUUCCCCGCGUUCUGGGGUCUCUCUUGGAUGGAAUUGCUCUCCUGAUUCCCGCGGGGCGCUGGGGCGCGAUUCCUCCCCGGGGUUCCUCGGUGGCUCGGCUAACUUCGCGGACCCGUGGACCCGUGACUCUCGCUCCUCCGCGGAGCCUAGCCCGCGCUUCUCCCUUGCUCAGGAGGGCUAGAGCCGGGGCUUUUCGCCUCCGAGAGGACGCCCAGCCCGGACCGGCCCCCUUCGGUCGGGCCAUUGAGCCCCCAGCACCGGCCGCAGAACUGGAGACAGCGGAUUAACCCCAGCGGAGCCCCGGCCUCCCCGCCCCAGCUCCGCGGAGGGGCGUCCCCUGGGCGGGGAAACGACAAGUUUGUCAGUCGUCGGUGGCCUGUUGGAUCGAAGCGCCUCCGCCUCCGCAAAGGGGUCCCUGGCGCCCAGAACCCCGAGCGGACAGUCCUGGGAACCCGGAGAGGCUCGGCUGCCGGGCUUCUCGGGCCGGGGCGCUGGCUGCUGAGCCGGGCGCGCCGAGGCACCCGGGGCCGGGCCAGCGCCCCCUGCGUUCCCACGCGGGCAGCGGCCCCGCCGGAGGAGAAACCCAGGUCGCUGCCGCCGCCACCGCCGCCUCCUCAGCCUCCUGAUUUCCGUCGCCGCCGCCGCCCCCUCCGUCGCCUCUCGGGGAAGGGGAAGACGCAAGGGGCAUCGCAGGGCCCCGGCGGAGGCGCCCCCCACCGCCUCUCGGGCUGCGCCGCCUCGCGGGGAUGAAGCACGGGCCGUGAAGAUGGAGGUGACCUGCCUUCUACUUCUGGCGCUGAUCCCCUUACACUGCCAGGGACAAGGAGUCUACGCUCCAGCCCAGGCUCAGAUCGUGCAUGCGGGCCAGGCGUGUGUGGUGAAAGAGGACAACAUCAGUGAGCGCGUCUACACCAUCCGGGAGGGGGACACCUUGGUGCUGCAGUGCCUUGUCACCGGGCACCCUCGGCCCCAGGUGCGUUGGACCAAGACUGCGGGCAGCGCGUCGGACAAGUUCCAGGAGACGUCGGUGUUCAAUGAGACACUGCGCAUCGAGCGCAUCGCGCGCACGCAGGGAGGCCGCUACUACUGCAAGGCUGAGAACGGCGUGGGCGUGCCUGCCAUCAAGUCCAUCCGGGUGGACGUGCAGUACCUGGACGAGCCAGUGCUGACAGUACACCAGACAGUGAGCGAUGUUCGAGGCAACUUCUACCAGGAGAAGACGGUGUUCCUGCGCUGUACGGUCAACUCCAACCCACCUGCCCGCUUCAUCUGGAAGCGGGGCUCGGACACCUUGUCUCACAGCCAGGACAAUGGGGUCGACAUCUAUGAGCCCCUCUACACCCAGGGGGAGACCAAGGUCCUGAAGCUGAAGAACCUGCGGCCCCAGGACUAUGCCAGCUACACCUGCCAGGUGUCUGUACGCAACGUGUGUGGCAUCCCGGACAAGGCCGUCACCUUCCGGCUCACCAACACCACGGCACCACCAGCCCUGAAGCUGUCUGUGAACGAAACUCUGGUGGUGAACCCUGGGGAGAAUGUGACGGUACAGUGUCUGCUGACAGGCGGUGAUCCCCUGCCCCAGCUGCAGUGGUCCCAUGGGCCAGGCCCGCUGCCCCUGGGUGCCCUGGCCCAGGGUGGCACCAUCAGCAUCCCUUCAGUGCAGGCCCGAGACUCUGGCUACUACAACUGCACAGCCACCAACAAUGUGGGCAACCCUGCCAAGAAGACUGUCAACCUCCUGGUGCGAUCCAUGAAGAAUGCCACAUUCCAGAUCACCCCAGAUGUGAUCAAAGAGAGCGAGAACAUACAGCUGGGCCAGGACCUGAAGCUGUCAUGCCAUGUGGAUGCAGUGCCCCAGGAGAAGGUGACCUACCAGUGGUUCAAGAAUGGCAAGCCAGCGCGCAUGUCCAAGAGGCUGCUGGUGACUCGCAAUGACCCUGAGUUGCCCGCUGUCACCAGCAGCCUAGAGCUCAUUGACCUACACUUCAGCGACUAUGGCACCUAUAUGUGUGUGGCUUCCUUCCCGGGAGCACCUGUGCCCGACCUGAGUGUCGAGGUCAACAUCUCCUCUGAGACAGUGCCUCCCACCAUUAGCGUGCCCAAGGGCAGGGCCGUGGUGACCGUGCGCGAGGGCUCGCCCGCCGAGCUGCAGUGUGAGGUGCGGGGCAAGCCGCGGCCGCCUGUGCUUUGGUCCCGUGUGGACAAGGACGCUGCGUUGCUGCCCUCGGGGCUGCCCCUCGAGGAGACCUCGGACGGGAAGCUGCGGCUGGAGCGCGUGAGCCGCGACAUGAGUGGGACCUACCGCUGCCAGACGGCUCGCUAUAAUGGCUUCAACGUGCGCCCCCGCGAGGCCCAGGUGCAGCUGAACGUGCAGUUCCCGCCGGAGGUGGAGCCCAGCUCCCAGGACGUGCGCCAGGCACUGGGCCGGCCAGUGCUGCUGCGCUGCUCGCUGCUUCGAGGCAGCCCCCAGCGCAUCUCCUCGGCUGUGUGGCGCUUCAAAGGGCAACUGCUGCCUCUGCCGCCUGCCGUCCCCGUCGCCGCCGAGGCCCCCGACCACUCUGAGCUGCGCCUCGACGCCGUCACCCGUGACAGCAGCGGCAGCUACGAGUGCAGCGUCUCCAACGACGUGGGCUGGGCUGCCUGCCUCUUCCAGGUCUCCGCCAAAGCCUACAGCCCGGAGUUUUACUUCGACACCCCCAACCCCACCCGCAGCCACAAGCUGUCCAAGAAUUACUCCUACGUGCUGCAGUGGACCCAGAGGGAGCCUGAUGCUGUCGACCCUUUGCUCAACUACAGACUCAGUGUCCGCCAGUUGAAUCAGCAAAACGCCAUGGUGAAGGCCAUCCCAGUGCGGCGUGUGGAGAAGGGGCAGCUGCUGGAGUACAUCCUGACUGACCUCCGAGUGCCCCACAGCUACGAGGUCCGCCUCACGCCCUACACCACUUUCGGGGCUGGAGAUACGGCCUCCCGCAUCAUCCACUACACAGAGCCCAUCAACUCUCCCAAUCUGUCAGACAACACCUGCCACUUUGAGGAUGAGAAGAUCUGCGGCUACACCCAGGACCUGACAGACAACUUUGACUGGACCCGGCAGAAUGCCCUCACCCAGAACCCCAAGCGCUCCCCCAACACUGGUCCCCCCACGGACAUAAGUGGCACCCCUGAGGGCUACUACAUGUUCAUUGAGACAUCAAGGCCCCGGGAGUUGGGGGACCGUGCGAGGUUGGUGAGUCCCCUGUACAACGCCAGCGCCAAGUUCUACUGCGUCUCCUUCUUCUACCACAUGUACGGGAAGCAUAUCGGCUCCCUCAACCUCCUGGUGCGGUCCCGGAACAAAGGGGCACUGGACACGCACGCCUGGUCCCUCAGUGGCAAUAAGGGCAACGUGUGGCAGCAGGCGCAUGUGCCCAUCAACCCCAGCGGGCCCUUCCAGAUUAUUUUUGAGGGGGUUCGAGGCUCGGGCUACCUGGGGGAUAUCGCCAUAGAUGACGUCACACUGAAGAAGGGAGAGUGUCCCAGGAAGCAGAUGGAUCCCAAUAAAGUGGUGGUGAUGCCGGGCAGUGGAGCCCCCUGGCAGUCCCGCCCACAGCUCUGGGGACCCAUGGCCAUCUUCCUCUUGGCGUUGCAGAGAUGAUGAGUGCUUCGUGGCCCCCCCCACCCCGCCCCCGGCACACCAAAGUGUCCGCAUCGUACCAAAGACUGACCCCGUGCCAGCCGGGGUGCCCAGGGGCAGAGCCUCCCACCAGUGAGGGGGCCUGCAUUGGCUGUGAGGAUGAGCAGAGAACAAGGACAGCGGCCCAGCACUGAGGCCCCGGAGAUGUUUGUUUGACACAGGCACACACUCACUCACCCACGCUCACACACACACAGAUAUAUUAAAGCACAAGUUUCUAUCUGA